CAAUGUAACAUCACAGACGAGGUAAAUAAAUAAUUAGAAAUUGCUAUAUUACAUAGUAUAAUUACUUUUUUUGUAUAUGUACUUGUGUACAUUUUAUCAAGAAUUAUUAAUUUGUAAAUUAUGAUGAAGUCGCAAGAAUCGUGUGAUUUUGAAUUGGCACGUAAAUUAUAUCAACAAGAUCAGUGCUUCGGAUUGACGGAAAAUGCAAUUUUACCAAAAAAAAAUGAUGAAGAAAAUUAUAAGCCAAGAACAUUAAUUGAUCAAACAUUAGAACUAAUUGAUCCAACUCCCAAUAUUUAUACAUUGUUUGUGCAAUUUAAUGAACGUUUCUUUUGGAACGUUUUAUUACCUGUAGAAGUUAAAUGGAGUCGUAGAAUGACAAGUUGUGCUGGCGUAUGUUCUUUUCAUCCUCGAAAUCGACAAUGUAUAAUUUCACUUAGUGAACCUUUGUUAAAACUUAGACCAAGAAAGGAUCUUGUGGAAACUUUGUUGCAUGAAAUGAUUCAUGGAUAUUUGUUUAUCACAAACAAUAAUCGUGAUAGAGAUGGGCAUGGUCCAGAGUUUUGUAAACAUAUGGACCGAAUAAAUAAAACAGCUGGAACAAAAAUUACUAUAUACCACAGCUUUCAUGAUGAAGUUAAAUUGUAUAAACAACAUUGGUGGAGGUGUAAUGGUCCUUGUCAAAAAAGGGCUCCAUAUUUCGGAACAGUACGUAGGGCUAUGAAUCGUGCACCAGGUCCAAAUGAUUUUUGGUGGAAAGAACAUCAGCAAAAUUGUGGUGGUCAAUUUAUUAAAAUUAAGGAACCUGAGAAUUUCAAAGUAAAAAAUUCGAAAAAUAAAGAGAAAACAAAGCCUGCUCCAAAAAGUAAAAAUUCAACAAAUAAUAUGUUGAACUGGUUUACAAAAUCCAAUUCUUCUACUGCUACAUCAUCACCUACAUCCACUCUUAAAAAUAUCAAAUCAUUCUCAAAUACUUCGAAUUCAUUGAACGGAUUUAAAAAACUUGGAAAUAAUACGAAUAAUGUUUAUGGUUGGGGAAUAGGUGGUCCAAGCACCUUAAAUAAUUCACAGAAAUCUAGCAAUUCAAUUUCAGAUAAACCUAAAUUUUCUUCUUCUGAGAUUCUUGGUGGUUCUAAUACGGGACGAAGUAAUCUAUUAAGUAAAUUUGAUACUAGUAAAUGGCAUCCUAAAUCAAACAUAGAUAUUAAAGAAUCAAAAAAAGCAAUAGAUACAUUCAUUACUGCAAAGACCAAAGAACCGACUAUUAAUAAUAAUAAUCAGCCGUCAAAUACGGUAAAACUUGCAGAAUGUCCAAUAUGCAGUAAUCUUGUGCCAAACGAUGAUAUAAAUAAACAUAUAGAUUCUUGCUUGAAGAUAACUGAUGAUGUCAAUUCUGCUAAAUCGCAAAUAAAAAUAGAUAAUACUUCAACCAUGCUGAAAAGAAAAAUCGAUACGAUUACAUUUCCAAACAAGCAACAAAAAUUAGAAAACUCAGAAAAUUUAAGAAUAACAAAUUGUCCUGUAUGUGAUGAAAGUUUCGAGCUUAAGGAUAUAAAUGCACAUCUUGAUAAAUGUCUGUUAGACUCGAGUAAACAAAAUGAUUCGACUAUUAAAUUAGAUGACAGAAAUGAUGCAAAUGAAACUAAAGAUGAUAGUAUAAUUUCCAUAAGUAGUUCCAGUGGUAAUUCAUCCUCCACUUCAAUUACCGAGGACUUAAAAGAUCUUUGUCCUAAUUUAGUGUCAGAGGAAAAUAAUGCAAGUCAUACAUCACAAAAAUGUUUAGUCUGUAAUAUAUCUAUUCCUCCUGAGAUGUCGUUAAAUGAUCACUUAGAAGACUGUAUUGGAAAUCUUUUUAAUGAUGAGUCAGUAUUAUCAACAAAUUGUAAUGACGCAAAAAUAGUAUCAAUUGACCAGCAUAAUAAAUAUCCUUGCCCUGUUUGUAUGCAAUUAAUAUCAGAAUCUUUCAUGAAUCAACAUUUAGAUGUAUGUCUUAAAGACACAUGA